UGAAAGUGAAACUGGCUUAAGUUCAUUUCGAAGCUGCCGGCUUCGCGUCGACGGGGCUGAGAUUUGACUUAUAUUUUUACACACUCAGACAUGAAAAGACAGAAAUGGGUUUUUGACACCUGAUCUGUUGAAUUAGUCUCCUUUAUCUAAACAGGUAGUGCGGGAUGCGGCAUCGAAAUGGGAAAUAUCUUCGGCAAAAAGAAACGAAGUCGAGUCACAGAACAGGACAGAGCUGUUUUGCAACUCAAGCAGCAGAGAGAUAAACUGAAGCAGUACCAGAAGAAGGUCACUCUGCAGAUGGAAAAGGAGAGGCAGCUGGCCAAACAGUUGCUGAAGGAUGGCAAGAAAGAGAAAGCACUCCUGUUGCUUAAGAAGAAGCGCUUCCAGGAACAACUUCUAGACAAGACAGAGAACCAGAUCAGCAACCUGGAGCGCAUGGUUCAAGACAUCGAGUUUGCACAGAUAGAGAUGAAGGUCAUUGAAGGACUCAAGGUUGGCAAUGACUGCUUAAAGAAAAUGCAUGAGGUUUUGUCCAUAGAAGAGGUGGAGAGAAUCAUGGAUGAGACCAAUGAUGCUAUUGAGUAUCAGAAGCAAAUUGAUGACAUUCUGGCAGGCUCUCUGACUCAAGAGGAUGAAGACGCUGUGUUAGCUGAGCUUGAGGCCAUCACUCAGGGAGAUGUUGAUGUGGAGCUUCCUGAGGUGCCUGAUGAGCAGCUUCCAGAAGUUCCAGAACUGGAGGAGCCAGUUUCAGAGCGGGAAAAAGAAAAGGUGAAGAAGAAGCCGGAGAGAGAGCUCUUGGCCUUGUAGACUCUUAUCCAUGUGGUGGACUUUUAUGUUCCUGGCUUCACUUGAGCAGUUCCAUACUGCUGAAGACCACACAGGAUUCAGAGCCACACCUGAAGGAAGCAUCUUUUUUUUUAGGUGCAUUCAACAAAAAAACAACUCCACAUUAAUCCCCGGUAUAUGUUCAUCUGUGGCCCAACAUAGAUUCUCUUUCAUGAGUGUAGUACAAAAACAGCUGGUUUAAUGAAGAAUCUGAAUGGUUUGAGGGGUUUUCUGCUUAAUAUUGUGCCCUAUUAACUAAAUAUUUAAUUGUUUUAUUAACCCUUAACUCUCUUAGGCAGGCAUCACUCUAAUCUUAUUCUCCAGGUCCUUUCAUGACUUAACUACAUCAUAAUACUUCUUAGAAACUAAGAUACAUAAUUAUCCCCCCAUAUAUAUUUCAAAAUAAAUCAAGAACAAAUCUGAUAAUUGUGUAAUGUAACUCACUGAGAUGGAUCAGUGCAACCCCACUUUACUUAAAAAAGGCUUGGGGACAAAUGCAGGUCAGGCAUUUCUGUCAGAAACAUAAUCCUACGUAGGCUAAUACUGGCCAUGUGCAAACCCUCAUCUGCAUAACCUAUCUGCAAGGGUGUUUUGAAAACAUGCCCCUCUGCAUUAGGAGGAUUGUGUCAGUGGGAUGGAAAGGAGGCUUUAAUCCUGUUGAGAAUUAGCUCCCUCUCGCUUCUCCACAAAACAUCAGCUCUUAAUUUGUUGUACUGAUAAUCAUACACAACAAAGUAGACAGAAAAGUUGUCAGGCUGUCAUUUUUUAUGUCUGUGGUUUGUUUGAGCCAUUUUUCUUGGCUCAUUCUAUGCAUUUUUACAAAACUGUAAUCAUAUCAUGAGCCCUGACCCGUCCAAGCUCAGGCAAGUCAGUAAAUAAUGCAAGACUUGUCUCUGGCUCACGUUAGACUAAGCUCUACUGUUCUCAGAGCAGUCUGGCAUUUCAUUAUAGUCUUAAGGUCUGCUCACGAUUCUUUUUCAUUUUGUUAUUUUGCGACAAUAAAAUUAUUUUUUAAUCAUUUUGAA